AUGCACGGUUUGCGCCCAGAGUGCGAGGCACGUGAGACGUCUGAGCCGAAACCCAAGCGAGCGAAGCAGCAAACGCUGAUGCUGUGUGACGUGUGUAACAUCCAGCUCAACUCCAGCGCUCAGGCUCAGAUUCACUACAACGGUAAAACGCACCAGCGACGUCUACGCCAGUCCGACCAGGUCCAAACCAAGACAGGGGUGAGAAACAGCACCGGACAUUCCGGCAAUGGCAGUGCAUUGCUGACCUCGCCACUUCCUGUUCAGUUUCAUCUCGACCUGAAGCACACACUUCCUCUAAGAAUGGACAGCUCAUCACGUCUCUUCCACAAUUUUAGCACGAUGGACCCAGUCCAGCAGGCGGUCAUCAGUCACACAUUCGGCAUAGCUCCAUCACUCAAGAAGAAACAGAUCAUCACCUGCAACAUCUGCAACCUACGCUUCAACUCGACGAACCAAGCAGAAGCGCAUUACAAAGGGCACAGACACGCCCGCAAACUCAAAGCCGUAAACAACGUGAAGAACAAGCAAAGGAUUCUAGGAGGAUCAAAACGGAGAGAGAGAGCAGAAGGAUGGAAGGACGGGUACGAUGCUCUGUCAGGAAGGACAGUUUGUAAAUCACCAGAUGACCGUCCUGAGGGAACCUCAACCAUUUUCGCCUCUGAAUGUCUGUGUGAGAGCGAGAAGGAUCCAGAAUCCCUGAAUUUAGAACCUCCAGACAUCUCGAAAAAACAGAGGGACCCUGACCGUGGAGUAACGGAUGUGAACGAGAGGAAAAGCAGCAGCAGGAAUUUUCACUGUCCUGUAUGCAAAGUGUUGGUCAACUCCAGCUCCCAGCUCGAGGCUCAUUAUAACGGUUCAAAGCACAGACUGAUGCUGCAGGGUCGUCGCGUGUUGCCGUGGAUAAACGGAGGGAAGGCGUUCUCGUCCCACCUUAAAUGCCACGCUAACAAGACGGGCUCGGGCGGCACCAGGCACUCGUAUCAGUGUGAAGUGUGCAGUGUCAAGGUCAACUCACAAUCACAGUUCAAACAGCACAUGAGCAGCAAGAGACACCAAGACAGAGUGACAAGAAAACUUAACUCAACACACUCUAAACUCAACACACUGCUAAAGACCCGGCUAAAUCUACAGAACGAACUCCAACCAACCCUGACCUCCAGCUUCUUACCUUCACCUUUCACCCCCACCACCCUGUGCACCGUAUCAACCGGGCCUUUACCACUAAGCCAUGCCGCUUUGUUUGGCACCACUCUCUUCAGACCCAGCCCCAGCACUUUGAAAGCAGUUCAUGGUUCAAUGAUCUUCUCUCCGUUUUAACAGGACGGAGAUUUUGCCUGAACUUGAUGCAGACACCAAAAAUAGCUCAAACAUCUGAACCAAGUAAUAAAGGAGGUGUCCACAUACUUCUGACCAUAUAGUGUAAUUUACAGGGCAAGCCGUAGCCUAGUGGUUAAGGCACAGGACUAGUAAUCCAAAGGUCGCUGGUUCAAGCCCCACCACUGCUAGGUUGCUGCUGUUGGGCCCUUGAGCAAGGCCCUUAACCCUCGGUUGCUCAUACUGUAACUGUAAUGUAAGUCGCUUUGGAUAAAGGCGUCUGCUAAAUGGCAAAAAUGUAAUGUAAAUGUCACAAUGUCUGCAUCAGGCAGGGGGAAGUUUUCACUUAUGACACAGACUCUGUUUUCAAUGAGUAAUCAUGAACAUCUUAGCUCAUGCCUCUACACUGAUUACUAGGAGUCGAGUUCUGCAGUGCAUGUUACAGAGACGAUGAUGUCAUUGGUCCUGAUUUUUUACCAACAAAUUAAUAUUAAUACAUCGGUAUCUUGUAACUCGACAUCCCCUAAACUCAAAAUCGUUAAAACUCGAAUGCCCUUUGUCGAGAAAUGUGUACCCUUAAAGUCGACGUUUAUCUUAAACUUGACAUGUGUGUGUUACCGCCGCUUUGCUGAGCGCUUGGCUUGAUUGGUGCGGUAAAACAUCAUCAAAGUGUGAAUAUGAGACGAAUCUGCAUCAGUGUGGAAUAAGCGUCAGAUCCAGGGUUACAGCUCCACGUGUAUCUGUGUUUAUCUGGAUUUUCCUCCCUGUUUCACUUUUAAACUUGUGUUACAGCUCCAGCUUCUGAGAAAUGAUGAGAAUCAGAAUCAGCUUCUCCCAGAGUCUAAAACGCUUCUGGUUCAAAAUAAAGCUUAACGUGGUUUAAUGUAGUAAAAGAAGGAGACAGGAGCACUAAACUUCUCUUCAUUAUUACUGCUCAUAAGUUCCUCCACUCCGCAUUGUGCCACUUCUCCAUACUGAACGGAAUACGGUAUUUCAAGAUCAAGCAUCUCCACGAUUAAGAAGCAUAAGGAAACAAUA